GACCGUUGCGCGCCUGAACGCCCAUAAGUACGCGAUGCUCAACCACAAUAUAAGUUCUUUGACGCUCUAAUACCUCGAAGCUCUCAGCAUAUCUUUCUUCUUGGUCCAAAUACUUGACUUCAUCGUUCGCGACGGUAGACACGAUGCUCACGCGUAACUUUCGAACUGCUGUCGCCUCCUGUUCUCGACCCCUGAGGUCGGUCGCUCCUGCUGCUCGCAAGCGCUCUCUCGCCACGUCAACCAGUCUUCCGGAUAACUUUGUUCGAGUUGUUGAGGUUGGCCCUCGUGAUGGACUGCAGAACGAGAAGUCUGUGAUACCUCCAGAGACGAAGAUCGAGCUCAUUGACAGGCUAGGGGCGGCUGGAACGAAGAUCAUUGAGGCUGGCAGCUUCGUCAGUCCGAAAUGGGUACCACAGAUGGGUGGCACAACAGAAGUCGUCAGCAGGAUGAAGGUCCUCCCAGACGUCACCUAUCAAGUCCUUAUUCCCAACUCCAAGGGUCUCGCAAAUGCCCUCUCCCUCCUCUCGUCUACCUCUUCUUCUCCACCUCCCAUUACCGAAAUUGCUAUCUUCACGGCCGCAACGGACGCCUUCGCACAUGCGAACACCAACUGCUCAAUCGCGGAAUCGCUCUCCCGGCUCUCAACCGUCACUCGUCAGGCCCUCGACGCAGGGCUCAAGGUCCGAGGUUAUGUCAGUGUGGUCAUUACGUGCCCGUAUAGCGGCCAGGUGGAUUAUGAGAAGGUCAGGGAUGUGACGAAGGAGUUGUUCGAAAUGGGCUGCUACGAGGUUAGCCUGGGGGAUACAGUGGGGACGGGCACGCCCGGGAGUGUGAGAGAAAUGAUUGAGACGGUGCUGCAGAAGAACCCUGUGGAGAAAUUGGCGGGACAUUUCCAUGACACGUUUGGCAUGGGUGUCGCCAACGCCGUACAAGCCGUCUCUCAGGGUAUUCGCACCAUUGAUGCCUCCGUUGCUGGAAUUGGAGGAUGCCCUUAUUCACCGGGCGCUACAGGCAACGUCGCCACAGAAGACAUCAUUCACGCUCUCAGAGGUCUGGGCUACGAAGUCGCUGGCAAUAUGGACCAGCUUGUUGAUACUGGGUUCUGGAUAUCGGAGAAGUUGGGGAGACAGAAUGCGAGUCGUGUAGCGAACGCGAUCAGAGCAAAGAGGGUCAGGGAGGCUCAGUUGAGGGAGAAGGAGGGUGUGAGCGAGGCUUUCAAGGCUAAGCUAUAGGGCAGUCUUGGAUGGAUGUGUCGUUCUGAAUCUCACAGGGACAUCGUAUGUCACUUUCCACGCAUUAUAUUAGUGUCUAUUGAGGAAGGGUUUGCGUUUGUAUUGCCUUAAUGGCCAAAAUUAUAUUUCCGUGUACGUUAAAGUAUAUGGAGCCAUGUCCUCAUGAAACUGCUUGGCAGGCAGUAGCGCAGAGGCACUAAUA